AUGGAGACUGAAGUGACUGAAGAGACCAAAGGGCUCGCAGUCCCUCCUCUUGCUUCGCCCUUUAUCGAGGCAACGCCAGCUUCUGCCGAGAAGAUUGAAGGACUAUCAGUCCCCCUUUCUAUCUCGCCUGUCAUCGAGCCGAUAUCAUUGUCUCUACCUAACCCAGGCUCCUUGGAAGAACCAAGUGAACAGACCAAGAAAUCAGACGCACAGGUUGGCGACGUGACACCUCACCAAGAAUUUCCUGAUACUGUAAUAAAGGAAGCACUGAAAGCACUUAUCGACAACAGCAUCUCAGUCGUGGAGUACGGGAACCAGGUUCUAUGCAGAUGUGGGCAUGCAGAGGUUCUGAUUGUCAAGUGGGUUGUGCCCGAUGAACAGAUGCUGUUUGCUUCUCAGAUGUUGCUUGAACACAACUGGCCCCGCCUUCUUUAUCAUGAGAGAGAUUGGAUUGGAGACCCUAAAAUCGAUGAAUACUGGGAAAGUCAAUACCUGAUGCACGCCCUUGAUGAUCAGGGCCGGAUGCGUGUCCAUCUUAUCCCUAUGUCAUUGGCUGGUUUUACUCUUGAAGAGACUGUCGAGGUUCCCUCGAUAUUUGCCCACGAGCUCCACCUCCGCACCCCCAAGCCUCCUCAUUACAUGUUAUCCUUAAUACGUCAUCUCUUGAAACUCCCAAUUGAUCACGAUAGCCGAAUUCGAGUUGAGAAGGAUCUUAUGAGGUUUAUCUCUGCUUACAUCCUCAGAGGACCGGCUAACACGGCUCUGUGGACCCAUCUUGAUGAACAGGAGAUCGACAAGGACUAUCAGAAAAGAGUUGAAGAAGGAGUCCGGUUUAUGAAGACAUGGGAUUGGAGCAAGAUUGAGGAAAGAUACCUGGCCAUAGCUGAACGUGCGGUCCGAGAUUGCCAAUACAUCGAUACGCUGACGGAUGUCCACGAAGAGCAACAGAUGUCCUGA